AUGAUAUCUGACGAUGUCGUCCUCCUGCAGGACGGCAGAUAUGAACAAAAAAUCCAAGUCGAUCGACGAAGGCUUGAGGCCAUGAUAACGGGUGUUCCAGCGACCGAAACAGGUUUCAUAUUUAUUAAUGCGGAGGACUUUUUCAAUAAGGUGAAACAGUACUCGGGUGCAGAAGUUUGCUGGCCGUCGCAGUUGAAGAUCGGUGCAAAAACGAAGAAAGAUCCAUUUGUGAAAGUGAUUGGAACCUUAGAGGAGAUUGACAGAGCGAAGAAGUACAUUAGCGGCACACUUCAGGUGAAGAAGGAAAGAGCUACACUGAAGAUGGACAUUCACCACUCAAUCCACUCACACAUCAUUGGCAAAGCUGGACGAGGUAUACAGCAAGUAAUGCGGGCAACUGGCUGCCAUAUACACUUCCCAGAUUCAAAUAAAUACACGUGA